AUGGAGACUUUAGAGAUUCAUUCCAAAGAUUUCCUUAUUAAAUGGAUCAAUGCUCCAGAUAAUUCAGUUAUUGAUUGGGAGGCUAAGCCAUUGAAGAAAUCAAUCAAUUUUUCAUUUUAUAAAAAGAAAGAAGAAUCACUCAAUCAAUCAGAAGCAUCUUUAGAUAGUAAUUCUACGGCUGUACUUGAGCCACCAAUUGCACCUCCACAAAGAACACGAUCUAGAUCUGCCUCAACUGCUUCAGUCAAUCAAUUUUCUAAACCAAAUGACGUUUAUAGAUCCAAAUCUAGAGCAUCAACUUUAUUAUCAAUCAAUGAAUCAGAUUUAAUAUUGAUCAAGAAUUAUUAUAAAUUAGUAGCCAAUGAAUUGGUUCAUGGGAAAUUUGAAGUGGAAAGAGGUGGGAUGUUUGCCUUUGUUUUCGAUAAUUCAUUUUCUAAAACAAUUGCUAAACUGGUACAAUUUUCCGCCAAAAUUGUUAGUAAAUCUAAAUCAGAAGAACAUAUUGCUGAAGAAAAAGUAGCUGAAGUUCAUGAUCAACAUUUAUUUGACGAAAAUGAUGUUGCACCAGGAGAAACUUUACAGAGUAUCAUGUUGAAAAAAAGAAGAAAGAAAUUACAAGGUUUCACUAAACGUUAUUUUGUAUUGAAUUAUGGCAGAGAAACCUUGUCUUAUUUUAAAGUUGACGAUAAUAAAUUGCGCGGCCAAAUGCCAAUUAAGGAUUGUAUAGUGUCGGCCAAUCCAUCGACUCGUGAGUUUAUUAUUGAUUCGGGAAUGGAAGUUUGGCAUUUGAAAGCAAUCAACAAAGCCGAUUUUAAUGCUUGGGUCAAUGCCUUUAAUACUGUUAAAAAGGAAGAUACUGUCGUGCCAACAGCCACCACCACAGAAGAAAAUGAUUCAAAAGAACCUGCUCUUGCAAGUACUCCAUUAGGUGCAUCUACUUCUGAAUUACAAUUGAUUGCCCAAAAACUAGUACAAUUGAAAACAGAAAAUCCAUCACCUUUGGCCAAUGAAAUCCACCAAGAUUUUGUUAACUUGCUUACAAGGUUCAAAGGAGGAGCAAAUUUGUCUUCACCUGGUUCAGCCGACGUCCAAUCAGUAUUUUCUUCUGAUUUCCAUGAUGCAGUUGAUCAUUUUGAAGAAACUGGUGUUUACUUUUUGGAUGAUGAAGGUAAAAUCCAAGAAGAUGUCGAAGUUGCUGACGAUGCAGAAAGCUCUUCUGAAGAAGAUGAAGAAGAUGACGAGUUUAUACAGACUACUCCCAGUGGUGUACAUGAAGGUCAUGAAGUUAUUCAAGACAAGGAUUUGCCUCAGCCAACAGUUGAAGCUGAUGAUGACAACUUGUAUCCAUUGCCUCACGAUCCAGUUUCAAGACCUUCAGAUAUUCCAAUAUGUACUCAUACACCACCAUCAAUAUUGAGUUUUGUGCGUAAGAAUGUUGGUAAAGAUUUAUCUACUAUAGCUAUGCCUGUUACUUACAAUGAACCAACCACAAUGCUACAAAAAUUUGCUGAAAUGCUUGAGUAUCCUGAAGUUGCCACCAAUGCUUUAAUCUCAGAUUUCCAAGACGAAUCAGGUGAAAAAUUAUUACGGGUGGCUGCAUUUGCCUUAAGUUAUCUUUCAACACAACGUGCCAAAGAAAGAAAUAAACGUAAACCUUUCACUCCAUUAUUAGGAGAAACUUAUGAAUUAGUACGAGAAGAUCUUGGAUUCAGAUUAAUAUCGGAAAAAGUCAGUCAUAGACCACCGGUUUUUGCCUAUCAUGUUGAUACGGAACAUUGGACACUUGAUUAUGCAUUAUCACCAGAUCAAAAAUUCUGGGGUAAACAAUCUGAAGUUACCACUAAAGGUAUAGUAUAUUUAAGAGAUAAAUCAACUGGUGAAGUAUUUACAUGGACUCAACCAACCACUAUGAUAAAAAACAUUAUUGCUGGUGAAACAUAUGCUGAACCAAGUGGAUCAGUGACAAUCAAAUCAUCAAAUGGUUAUAAAGCUGUAGCUGAAUUUGCCAAAGGUGGUAUGUGGAGUGGUAGAUCAGAAGGUGUUGUUGUGAAAGCAUUUGACAACAAAAAGAAGGAAUUGACAUAUAGUGUUGAAGGUAAUUGGACUGAAUCAUUUACAUUAAAGACUAAAACUACUGAAAAGACCAUAUGGCAAGCUGGUGAAUUAUUACCACAAUAUCAAAAGAAAUUUGGAUUUACAGAGUUUGCUGGUACUUUAAACAAGAUUACUGAAAUAGAAAAGGGUAAGCUUGCACCAACUGAUUCUAGAAAUAGACCAGAUUUACAACUUUAUGAAAAAGGAGACACAGAUACUGCCGAGACUUUGAAAAAUAAAUUAGAACAAGAUCAAAGAGAUAGAAGAAAAGAAUUGGAAACAGCUGGUGAAGUACAUAUUCCAAAAUUCUUUAAACGCAAAGGGAAUGGACCAAUAAAUGAAUCCGAAUGGGAAUUUAUUCAAGGUGAAAAAAGUUAUUGGAAUAGAAGAAAGAAAGGUGAUUGGGAUGAUUUGAUCAAAUUGUGGUAA